GAGCUGACAAUUUCAAGAGUUAAACAUGGCUUUCAACAACAAAGUGGUAAUAAUAACUGGGUCCAGCUCCGGUAUCGGAGCCGCCACCGCUAUCACCUUUGCUAAAGAGGGCGCUAGUGUCGUCAUAGUGGGACGCAAUGAAGAGAAGAUGAAAAAUGUAAGCAACAAAUGUGAAAGUUUCGGUAAGAAGCCAUUGGUAGUUAAAGCAGACGUUUCAAAUGACGCUGACGCUAAGAGAAUAAUAGAUGAAACUAUAAAUAAAUUUGGUAAAUUAGAUAUUCUAGUUAACAACGCGGGUAUUUCUGAAGAAAAUGAUAUCACAGGUGAUGAUUUUAUGACAAGUUUCGAUCGCAUUAUGAACGUCAAUUUAAGAUCGGUUGUUUAUCUGACGCAUCUGGCGAUACCGCAUCUGAUCAAAACAAAAGGAAACAUCAUCAAUAUAUCAAGCGUAGCUGGACUUUCAAUUCUUGGUACUUCUGCUUUUCUAUCAUACUGUACAUCGAAGGCUGGACUCAAUCAUUUCUCACGCGGAGUCGCGCUGAAAUUAGCUGAACAUGGCGUCCGUGUGAACAUCGUGAGCCCGGGACCGGUGCGUACCGAUAUUCUCGAAAAUCCAGCCAUUACAAAUUUCAACUGGGAUCACUUCGAAGCGAACACAGCCCUAAAAAGAGUGAGUGAUCCAGAAGAGAUCGCUGAUCUGAUUCUGUUCUUGGCCAGCGAUAAGGCGAGAGGCAUCACUGGGUCUAAUUUCGUUUCAGAUAACGGGCUUUUAGUGAAAAACUAAAGUGAAUAGUAAAUACAAUUGUUUUCCUGUGGUUCACUUAAUAUUUGCAUAUUAGAAUUUAA